GGCCUGGCGCGCGGGCGUGUGCUCCCAGCGCCGCGCCUUCGUGAGCCCUGCGCUGGCGCAGCCGCCUCUGCGGGCGGGCGCGAUGCCGUGAUGGGCCUGAUCUGGCUUCUGCUGCUCAGCUUGCUGGAACCCAGCUGGCCAGCUACGGGUCCCGGGACGCGACUACGGCGCGAUGCGGGCGGCCGCGGCGGCGUUUACGAGCACCUCGGCGGGGCGCCACGGCGCCGCAAGCUCUACUGCGCUACCAAGUACCACCUCCAGCUGCACCCAAGCGGCCGCGUGAACGGCAGCCUUGAGAACAGCGCCUAUAGCAUCCUGGAGAUUACUGCUGUGGAAGUGGGCGUGGUGGCCAUCAAAGGGCUCUUUUCUGGGCGGUACCUGGCCAUGAACAAGAGAGGACGGCUGUAUGCUUCGGAGCACUACAACGCAGAGUGUGAGUUUGUGGAACGGAUCCACGAGCUGGGCUACAAUACGUAUGCUUCGCGCCUGUACCGCACAAGGCCCAAUGGGCCAGGGGCUCGACGGCAGCCUGGUGCCCAGAGACCUUGGUACGUGUCGGUGAAUGGCAAGGGUCGGCCACGCAGGGGCUUCAAGACCCGCCGCACACAGAAGUCCUCUCUCUUCCUGCCCCGAUUGCUGGGCCAAAAGGAACAUGAGAUGGUGCGGCGGCUGCAGAGUAGCCUGCCACGAGCCCCAGGAGAAGACAGCCAGCCCAGACAGCAGAGGCAGAAGCAGAGCCCGGGUGAUCAUGACAAGAUGGAGCCUCUGUCUACCAGGGCCACUCCAAGUACCCAGCUGCAUACAGGUGGACUGGCUGUAGCCUGAGCGGCCACCUGGAAAGCCCUCUGAGACCAACCCCAGUGGGCACCCAAGAUCCACUUGGAGCCCUGACCUCCCCACCUUUGUCUCUGGACUGGCUGCUUGGGGGACCAAGAACUUGCAUGCCUUUUGCAGCUUUCAAAGAGCAAGUGCCAGCUGCCAAGGGGCUUGAGUCAGAGACUCUGGAAGACUCGAAGUUCAGGAUGUAUGUGGAGUUACAUGAGAGGGAAUUCUUAUUACAGGGGUCAUCCUAAUCCUGGGGGGAGCCCAGCCAAUGGCAGACAGUCCUGGCAACCUGAGGCAGUGGACAGUGGAGGGGGCUGUGAUUCAUGCAUUAAAGGUGUCUUUCUGUCUUGCUAUUCAACA